GGUGUUUAGGAAUAUAACAGGUAGAAUGUACACCUAACAUAAAUAUCAUGUACAGUAUGAUGAUUCAUUUUAUCAUUUAUUCAAUUAAUCUAAAUUGUUUAUAAGCAAUACAAAAAAUAUUUUUUACAAUUGGAAUGGAAUAUUACUCCGAAUUUGAGUUUAUUUUUGAAAAUUAAUAUAUUAUAAAUUAUAUCCUUUGUUAUAAGGAUUAAAUAAUGACUACAAUAUUUAGUUGACAUUCUUAUCAGUGCAAACAUUAGAUAUUAAUAAAUAAGUUGACCACAUGUAAUUAUCAAAUCCGUUAAAUUCAUUAGGAUAUUUUUUAACAAUGAAUAACAUAUUAAGAUGAUUGGAUAUGGACGACGAUGUCAAACUUCUAUGUCCUUCUAAAGAAAGUACUAUUAAUAAUCAACUGGAAGAUCGAAAGUUAGAAUCUCGAUUUGAAUGUCCAAUCUGUUUAUCAUGGCUUCAGGAUCCAUUACUUACAUCCUGUGGUCACAAGUUUUGUUCGCAAUGCAUCCAUAAAUGGUUAAAACGAGAUGGUGCUUGUUGUCCUAUUGAUAACAUCCCUUUGAAACCUGAGAAUGAUCUGUUCAGAGAUCUGCACACAAGUAGAGAAAUAUCUCAACAACGAGUAAAUUGUCCAUACGAAUUACUUGGAUGUACAGUUCAAUUAUCUCCAAUCGAUAUGCAAUCACAUAUCAGUCAGUGCACUUACAAAAAAAGUAUGAUUAGUGAUGAAGAAAUUCAAUAUAAUGAUGACCUAAACAGAAUUGAUGAUGCAGAUACAACUGAUAAUCAAUCUAUAAAUAAAUUAGUGCCUUCAGAAGUAGAAAAAAAUGAUGUAUCACCAAAAUCAAAAAAGAUAGAUAUAUUUUCGAAAAAUGGUGAAAAUGACCAAGAAAGUACAGAUUGGAAGAAAUUUUUAAAGAAUCUCUUCGAAAGAAUCGUAACAUUAGAACAAUUAAAUCGAGAACUUACAAUAACGGUUCAAAACCAACAGACUACAAUUACUAAUUUGCAAAAUCGUCUUCAACUGGCCGAAGAACGAGUUGAUUCUAAAGCAUGCAAUGGAACAUAUAUUUGGAGGUUUAAUUUCUUCAAUGAAAGACUUCGAGAAAUGCAAUCAGAUCCAAUGAAGAUGUUUUAUAGUUCAGGAUUUUAUACUAAUACAAAUGGAUAUAAAAUAUGUUUACGAGUAAAUAUUUCAUCAAAAAACCGUGACUUUUUAAGUUUAGUGAUGCAUAUUAUGCGUUCUGAAAAUGAUGAUGGAUUAGAUUGGCCAUUUAAUGGUAUGAUAUCAUUCAACUUAAUUCACCCAAGUGAUUCAACAAAGUCAAUUUGUGAAAAAACAUUAUCAAGACCUAAUCUAGAAGCUUUCAAAAAACCAACUGAAGAUUUGAAUAAAAGAAGUUUCGGUUAUACUGAAUUUGUAGCUCUUCAUGACUUACAAAAUUUCGUUCGAGACAAUUCUUUAAUAUUUAGAGUUGAAGUAAUACCGAUUAAAUCAUGUUAAUGAUUCAAAGUAAUUAUUGAGAAUUCAUUAUAAUACUCAUUGUUUUUGUAUUCACAAUCAUUUUAAAAAGUGUACAGAGUGUUAUAGGUUGUAUUUUUAAUAGAAUUAAAAAAAAAACAACAGAUUUAAAAUAAAAGUAAUAUUCUGAAUAUAAGAAAAAAGAGAAGCAUUGUAUCAUCUUCAAAAAAUUCUAUGUCUGAAAGCAGUAUUGUA